AUGUCAAAAGCGUCCUUUAAGACAGCAAAGAUACGAGGUGAAGAUGGUCAACAGGAAACUCACUACUUGUUCUAUGACGGUGAAACCAUUGCUGGAACGGUAAAUGUAGCCUUGAAGAAAGCCAACCAAAAACUGGAACAUCAAGGCAUUCGAAUUGAAUUCAUUGGGCAAAUAGAGGUAUACUACGAUCGUGGGAAUCAACAGGACUUCAUUUCUUUAACUAAGGAUCUUGCAAGACCUGGAGAACUGACGCAGAAUUCCUCCUUUCACUUUGAGUUUCACAAUGUAGAAAAGCCAUACGAGUCGUACAUGGGAAUUAAUGUUAAACUAAGAUACUUUCUUCGAGUUACCAUUGUACGACGGAUCACGGAUAUCACGAGAGAAAUGGAUCUCAUCGUUCAUACUCUGAGCAGUUAUCCUGACGCGGAUGUCAAUCUUAAGAUGGACGUCGGAAUAGAAGACUGCCUGCACAUAGAAUUCGAAUAUAACAAGAGCAGGUACCAUCUUCAAGAUGUCAUAGUAGGCAAAAUCUACUUCGUGCUGGUUCGCAUUAAAAUAAAGCACAUGGAGAUCACCAUAAUCAAGUCCGAAACAGUGGGAUCCGGUCCAAAUGCUGCUAAAGAAACCGAUCCCGUGGCAAAAUUCGAAAUAAUGGAUGGGGCCCCUGUCAGAGGAGAAUCUAUUCCUAUUCGCCUUUUCCUUGCUGGACACGAUCUUGCCCCUACCAUGCGGGAUGUUGGUAAGAAGUUCUCCGUUAGGUACCUUUUGAAUCUGGUUUUGGUCGACGAGGAGGAUCGGCGGUACUUCAAACAGCAGGUAUUUCUUCUUCCAAAAAUAGGAUAG